AUGAGCAACGGUGUGAUUGCCGACAAUUGCCCAGAAAGUGUUGAGUUGGCUGGAACGGUCUUCGACGGAGGGCUCAAGCAGCGUAUUGGUAGACGAAAAAAGGAGGACGGAGAGGUAAAAUGGAUCAGCCAGCUGCAGUGGGAGGAUGAACAACGCCAAAAGAAGGCUACAAAUGGUUUCGACAAGUAUGCAUUUUGUUUGGACGACUCAGAUGACAAGAAGAAAAUUGUCAUUUCCUCCCCAGCUCUCCUUGCGGCUGUGAAGCGAGUCAUCCCAGCUCGUUUGUUCGAGAAUAUGUCGGACAGCGUUGCAAUAACGGAGCCGUUUUUACGAAUUUUCCAUUUCAUUGAUGACAUGCGCAACGACAUGCACAUAGGUACUGCUGAUCCUCGAGAUAAGGCGGAUAUUGAUGCUCUAGAGUCAUUCCUGUUCGACUGCCAACCACGACAUAAAGUCGACCGGGGCAUCCUGAGCUCUACACAACCAGCAUCGGUGAAUUUCGAAAUGAUCUGGGCACUUUUCAAAGACGGCGACCUGAUCGUGGUCACCGACAAGUUCAAAGAAAACAGAUUCUUCAAAUUCACGCAUUUGGAGGAGAACGUUGACCGAGUGAAUGGACGACCUGAUGUCUGUGAAAAGCUGGCAAUUUGUGGAUGGUGCAUCGUCUGGGACAGCGAACAGAAAUCCUUCGCUCAACAGAGCUACAAGUUCUACAUUGAACGUUUUCUAGGAUAUCGCAAGGUGCGAACAUUGCCGAUAUAUCCUCUGCGCUGCGAGGAAGAAAAACGAGCAGACUCAAUGAAGGCAGAACUGGAGAAGAGAGGACGUGACUGGGCACAUUUGGCUUCCCAAGCCCCUUCCUGCUUCGAAUACAAUGGAACUGCUAUCUAUACACACGACAGUCAGAGGGGCCUCUCAGAAACCGGCAUGCAGCUGAAUGGCCGGAUAAUCAUUGACCACGUUAAGGAACUCUCAUUGGACGGGCUAUUCGACACCAAAGUAGAUCAUAAUAGCAGGGAAAUUCUCGAAGAAAAGCUUGAUGAUACACCGACUGGCAAUUCAAAAAUGCUAACAAAGGCCGAACACUACUUGCUGUGUCCUCCAACGCUUACGUGCUUUCACAUCGAUAGGUGGAAACGAUAUCACAUCGAUAUCAACAAGCUAAAGCCUAUUUUGUGGACGAGCAAUGCAAUUGAGAAGGUAAUCCUGGAAGAGACCAAGAAGAAAAGGCUCAGGCGCUUGUUGAAAAACUACGUAAGUGAGGGAAUGCGAGGUCGAGACAUCAUCACGAAUAAGGGGCGAGGCUUAACCAUCAUUCUGUACGGACCAUCAGGAGUUGGGAAGACGCUUACUGCCGAAUGUCUCGCAGAGCAUGUGAAGAUGCCGUUGCUUCCUUUGAGCGUGGGUAGCUUGGUCUCCGACGAUGAUUUGAUCGAAGAAAACCUGCGCGAGGCAUUUAACAACGCAAGCCGAUUGAAGGCAAUACUUCUGCUCGAUGAGGCCGAUGUGGUGCUGGAAGCUCGUUCCUUCGAAGAUGUCCGCAGGAACGGGAUAGUGUCAAUUUUCCUGCGACAACUCGAGUACUACAACGGCAUCCUGUUCCUGACCACGAAUAGAAUCACGACCAUGGACGUCGCAUUCCAGUCGAGGAUCCAAUUGGCCAUUUCAUACGAAGAGCUAGGUGCAGACGCACGAGAGAAAAUCUGGAGGAGCCUCCUGGAUACAGCAAUUGUAGACGUGACGGAAUCCGAGAAAUCCGCCAUCGAGAGAGCCAUUCCCGCACUGUCGCAGGAAAGGCUGAACGGCCGGCAGAUCCGCAACACGCUCACGCAAGCGAACUUGUUGGCCCGCGAUGACUUCAGCAGUGAAUGUAAGGUCCAACUAAAGCAUAUCAAAGAAGCAAUGAGCGAAACGCUACAGUUCCAAGCCUUUUUUGAAGGGACAGGGAAAGCCCAAGUGAACAAGCCCCGGGUCUGGAUGCCGUUCUCACCAUCGCAAAGCGGCAUCUAG